UAUCUGAUUGGUGUUACAGUUAAGGAUAUUGAUCAACAUGCUGUUGUAAAGCAUGUCGGCGUCCUUUUGAAGAAGACUGGUAAGCUUAAAGACAUCAUUAAGAUUGCCAAGUUCAAGGAGCUUUCGCCUUAUGACCCCGAUUGGUUCUACAUUCAUUGUUCGUCGAUCCUUCGUCACUUUUAUCAAUGCAGUCCAGCUGGUGUUGGUUCCAUAACAAAGAUUUAUAGUAGCCGUAAGCGCAACGGUGUUCAUCCAUCCCACUUCUUUCGUUCUGCCUAUGGAUGUACGCGAAAAGAUUUGCAAGAAUUGGAACAUGCCCGCUUAAUCGAAAAGCACCCUGAUGGUCGCCGCAAGCUUACAGCUAUUGGACAACUUGAUUUGGAUCGGUUUGCAAACCAAAUUGUAGUUAAUCAAAAAAGAGACGCCCGUGAGGAAACCGGUCCAAUAGUGAUUUCUAAGUAA